AUGAAGUUCUCGACCCUGUCGGUAGGAAUUCUGGCUCUCCUGACACCAUUGACGGCGGCAUGGAGCAAGGAAGACCGCGAAAUCUUCCGCAUCCGUGACGAAAUCUCGGCCCACGAAGUCGACCCCGACGCCACGUUCUACGACAUCCUGGGCGUCCAAAAGCAUGCCUCGCAGGACACCAUCAACCAGGCGUACCGCAAGAGGACGCGCGAGCUCCACCCGGACAAGGUGCGGCAGCAGCUGCGGGCCAAGGACGGCGCCAAGUCGAACAAGGGACCCUCGGCGUCGGUGCUCAAGGCGGCCGUGAAGAAGGCGUCGGACCAGCAGACGCGCCUGUCGCUGAUUGUGGGCAUCCUCCGAGGCCCCUUGCGCGACCGCUACGACCAUUUCCUCUCCAACGGGUUCCCGCUGUGGAAGGGUACUGACUACUACUACAACCGGUACCGGCCCGGCCUGGGCACCGUCAUCGCCGGCCUUUUGCUGUUUACGGGCGGUGCCGUGCACUACCUGAUUCUCUACAUGAACUGGAAGCGCCAGAAGGAGUUUAUCGGUCGCUACGUCAAGUUUGCGCGCAACACGGCCUGGGGUGGCAAUAUUCCCGGUCUCAACACCGCGGCGGCGGCGGCCCCAGCCCCGGUCGCCGACGAGGAGGAGGAGGACCCCGCCAUGCUGCUGCCGCGCAACCGCAAGGAGCGCCGCUUUUUAGAGAAGGAGUCGCGCAAGGAUGACGGCCGCCCGAUCAAGAAGAAGGACCGCAAGGCCCGCAUUGUCUCCAAGCCGUUGUCGGGCGAUGGCUCUGUGGCGCCGACUGGCGUCAAGAAACGUGUCGUUGCGGAGAAUGGCAAAGUUCUCGUUGUCGACUCCAUGGGCGAUGUGUUCCUCGAGGAGCAAGAUGACGAGGGCAACGUGCACGAGUUCCUCCUUGACCCCGAGGAGCUGGCUGCGCCUACGUACAAGGACACGGCUGUCGUACAGGUCCCGCUGUUUUUGUUCCGAGUUUCCGUCGGUCGUCUGUUUCGCAGCAAGGCUGGCGCCGAAGACGAAGGCGGCGAGCUCGCAGACGACGAUUCGGACGCGCCCCAGCCCACGCCCAGCACGGACUCGGCAGGCGAGGACUAUGAGGUGAUUAGCAAGAGCACCGAGUCGCUGAGCAAGGCCAAGACGAGCGGCGCGCAGCAGGGCGGCAAGCCCAACAAGCGCAAGAACAAGAAGAAGUAG